CUCAGCCCUUUAAAUAAUUUGACCUUGAAAAGCUCGCCCAGAAUUGGCAUAUUUGUACUCUAUCCGAAGAAUCAUAACGGGUUAUUCAUUAUGUGCCUCCCCUAGCGGAGACGAGGCGGAUUUACAAUGUCAAAUAAAAAGGCAGGGAUGAACGCCAUGUCUGCUCCCGCUGUUGAGGACUAGAGAGAGAGGCGGACUUCGAGGAUUCGCGUCUGAGCGCAUAAUCUGGCUCAACCUCCGACAUGUCGGAGAGCGCGGGGAUUCCUCAGGGCUCGCCGGCGGUGGGUGCGGCGGGCUCGGCUCCUGCAGCGCCAGGAGUCGGCGGAACCGAAUGUUCAGGCGCCGCCGUCGGUUCUGCACGUAUCGCCGUGAAGAAGGCGCAGCUCCGCUCCUCCCCGCGCCCGAAGAAACUGGAGAAACUCGGUGUAUAUUCCUCGUGCAAGGCUGAAGGAGCUUGUAAAUGUAAUGGCUGGAAGAGUCAAAAUCCACCACCAACUCCGCCCCCUCCAACCCCACCCAGAGCAGAGCAGCCAAUUGCUAAUCUAAAGGAGCCCUGCAGAAGCUGUAGCCACGCCCUAGGUGACCACGUCACACAUCUAGAGAGUGUGUCGGAAGAGGAGAUGAACAGACUGCUUGGAAUUGUACUGGAUGUGGAAUAUUUGUACACAUGUGUCCAUAAAGAGGAGGAUCCUGACACUAAACAAGUUUACUUCUCACUCUUCAAAUUGCUGAGGAAAUGCAUCCUACAGAUGGGAAGGCCAGUGGUGGAGGCUCUGGAAAGUCCACCUUUCGAAAAACCAAGCAUUGAACAGGGUGUGAAUAACUUUGUGCAGUACAAGUUUAGCCACCUACCAUCUAAGGAGAGACAAACCAUUGUGGAGCUCGCAAAGAUGUUCCUCAACCAGAUCAACUACUGGCAACUUGAGACGCCCUCACAAAGGAGGCAAAGGGCACCAGAUGACGAUGUAGUCGGUUAUAAAGUCAAUUACACCAGGUGGCUGUGUUAUUGUAACGUGCCCCAGUUUUGUGACAGCCUUCCUCGGUACGAGGCCACACAGAUUUUCGGACGCACUUUUCUCCGCUCUGUAUUCACUGUUAUGAGGAAACAGCUGCUGGAACAAGCCAGGCAGGAGAAAGACAAACUGCCUCCCGAAAAACGCACACUCAUUCUCACACAUUUUCCCAAAUUUCUGUCUAUGCUGGAAGAGGAGGUAUAUAGUCACAAUUCACCUAUCUGGAGUGAAAACUUUAUGGUUGGUUUAUCAGGAGGACAAAUUCCCACAGUGGUUAGUGCUCCGCCUGUGACACGCCCCUUGUGCUAUAGCAGCAGUCCGGCUUCUGUGGAGCUGGUCGGAGGUGGCAGUGUAAGUCCAGCCCGGAAAACAGCUUCCACUUUGGAACCCAAUCCAGUAGGUGGAGAAAAACGAAAGCCUUCAGAGCCUUUAUCUCAUGAGGAUAACAAGCGACCUCGCGUGGUCGGUGACAUUCCAAUGGAACUUAUUAAUGAAGUCAUGUCUACAAUUACUGAUCCUACUGCCAUGCUGGGACCUGAGACCAGUCUUCUGUCAGCCCAUUCUGCUCGUGAUGAAGCUGCUCGAUUAGAGGAGAGGCGUGGGGUCAUUGAAUUUCAUGUCAUUGGAAACUCCCUCAACCAGAAGCCCAAUAAGAAAAUCCUCAUGUGGCUUGUUGGCCUGCAGAACGUCUUCUCUCACCAGCUUCCCCGCAUGCCUAAGGAAUACAUCACACGCCUCGUCUUUGACCCGAAGCACAAGACUCUCUCUCUCAUCAAAGACGGUCGUGUUAUUGGAGGAAUUUGUUUUCGAAUGUUUCCGACUCAAGGCUUCACUGAGAUUGUGUUCUGCGCCGUCACCUCCAACGAACAGGUCAAGGGUUAUGGAACUCACCUCAUGAAUCAUCUGAAGGAGUAUCACAUCAAACAUGAAAUACUCAACUUUCUCACCUACGCUGAUGAAUAUGCCAUUGGCUACUUUAAGAAACAGGGAUUCUCUAAGGAUAUUAAAGUGCCGAAGUCUAAGUAUGUGGGCUACAUUAAGGACUAUGAGGGCGCAACACUGAUGGGCUGUGAACUCAAUCCCUGCAUCCCUUACACUGAGUUUUCUGUCAUCAUAAAGAAACAAAAAGAGAUCAUCAAGAAGCUUAUAGAGCGCAAGCAAGCUCAGAUACGUAAAGUUUACCCGGGUUUGUCCUGUUUCAAGGAAGGAGUUCGGCAGAUCCCCAUUGAGAGCAUUCCAGGAAUCUGUGAGACGGGCUGGAAACCAUUGAUAAAAAGCAAAGAGCUGAAGGAUCCAGACCAGUUGUAUUGUACCAUAAAGAACAUUUUACAGCAGGUCAAGUCACACCAGAAUGCAUGGCCCUUCAUGGAACCGGUAAAGAAGAAUGAGGCACCUGGUUAUUACCAAGUCAUCCGCUUUCCUAUGGAUCUAAAGACGAUGAGUGAGCGCCUAAAGAGUCGUUACUAUACGACACGGAAACUGUUCAUGGCCGACAUGCAGCGGAUAUUCACUAACUGCCGAGAGUACAACCCUCCCGAAAGCGAGUACUACAAAUGUGCCAACCUACUGGAGAAAUUCUUUUACACCAAGAUCAAAGAGGCGGGCCUCUUGCCAUCCCUUUAAUCUCUACCUCUUUUUCUCCAUCCUUAUCGUAUGUCUCAUUUCUGUUCGCUGUUUGUCCUAGACAAAGGUGCUUACAGAUCUGUUUCAUGAUGUCAUUGAUGAGUAUGUUGAUGACAUCAUCAUCAUAUGUGAAAAUUCUCUCAUCUGUCUUAAAGGUUCUUUUGGCCAAUUUUGCUCGAGUGUUUGUAUGUAUGACUGUAUGCAUUUCAUGUGCAUGUGUACAAGCUUGUGUGUGUGUGUGUGUGUGUACAUAAUAGAGAUAAACUGUUUAUAUAGAUCAAUUUGAUGAAAAACUGUAUAUUUAUAUGGUAGGACAAGACGUAGAGAUGCCUAAAUGAAAAUUACUCUAAUUACCUAAUAUUGAACAGCACUUAUUUUUUAACCUAAAGGAAUUGUGGUAAAUACUAGCAUACAUGAUGAAAAUUUCUUGCACAUGUGCAGUUUGUACCAGAGCGUGUUGGUGAUGUGGUAUAUUGAGGAGCAUUCCCUGUACAAGAAGAAAACAAUUAAUUCAUAUGCUUUAUCUUUAUCAUUGCACUUCUAAUAAGAAAGGUCACCCUUUGUAUGUAAAUAUUAUGUGAAAUGGCUUGUAAAUUGUCAUUUUAUAAAAUGUUUGUAUUUUUAAAUACUUAAAAAAUAAAGAGCAGGACUUUGUACUACAUUUGGGGGAAUGGGGGGGUAAAGCUAUUUUAAGGUCCUUUGGUUUUAAAGACAGCAUAUUUUGUAGAGUGACUAAAAAUUUUGCGCAACUAAUGUGAAUAAAAUGUCUACUUUUGUGUUAGACUAUUUCUUUAGAGAACCAUGUUGCACAAACUGCACAACUGUUCGUCUUGCACUUUUUAGGUGUAGAUAUUCUGUUAAAUCAAAGAAAAUUUUGUCAAAAUUGUCUUUUUUGUUUUUUUUUAAUCCCUGUUGAAUAUUUCAGCUAUUUAGAUGCCAGUUUUGUUGGCAAGUUACCAUUUUAAGUAUGUUAUUAAGCAAUGAAUACAAUUUCUGCAUUAUGAAAA